AUUUUAUCUGAAUUUAGUUUUCAUUUUUUUAUUAUUCUGUGUUCCUUUUCUCUCUCUCUCUCUACGACCCUCAUAUGAAUAAUAUACCAACCCAGGCACUGGCAGUGGGUAUUCCCGUUGGAUUAUUGCUUAUGACUCAUUUAAAGUCAUUACCGUUGGCAUAUACGGUACGAUCAUGGUUUCUUUUGCGAGCCCUGAUCAGACAGGCCAAAGAGAACAAGCUGAAACCAGAUCCAUUAUUUUCAACAAUAUCCCAAGAUCAUCGCUGUUACCUUGAUGAUAUUGAUUAUAAUCAACAUAUGAAUAAUAGCAUGUACAACAAGAUACUUGAUUUUAGUCGAAUCCACAUAUUAUACACAAUCUUUCCUCGAGUGAUGAUGGAACCUGACCAUCAUAUUUUUGGUCAUAGUGGUGGUGUCGUGACACUGUUCCGUAAAGAAAUCCUUCCAUUUUCCAAGUAUAAAGUUCAGACUCGUAUCUUUAGCUGGAAUGAUAAAUGGUUAUUUCUUCAACAUCGGUUUGUUACUACCACUGCCAACAACGAAGAGGAGGUCGCUUGCUUUGCUUUCAGCAAAAUCGUCUUUAAGAAGAUGUCGGGUCGAACUGUACCACCUAAGGAUGUUUUGGAAUUAUGUGGACAUGUCUUUGACGACGCUGUAGAAGAAAGAAGAGCAAAUAAUUGGGAAAUCGCCUCCCAUAUUUUAAAACUGGAUAAAAUAAGAACAGACCCUUAUCCUUGGCCGAAGGAUGCCGCCUAAAAGUUUAAAUACCGCCGGCUUAAAAAGGGACAGAGAGGUAUAACCAGGGCAACAUCAUAUCUUGUGUUGAAGGAAUGCUCAGUGUAAUAAAAAUAAACAGGAUACAAAGUUUUUUUUUUGUAAAUGUUAAUGUAAUAAAUAAAGCUAUUCAGACCAUCCAA